ACAGUGAUUCUGCUCUUUUUGGAUAGCAUCCUGUGUGCAUCAUUUAUUUUGACCCAUCAAUAUUUCACAGUGAGUCAGGAAGUGUUCACCACGACCAGCGAGCUACUGGUUGCAUUCGCUGGCUCGAAGCAGAGGGAGGAGGAAAAUACCGUGCUAUAUCUGUCCUGGGACACUCUCCAAGACAGGCUGCAGCUCCCACCAACAUGGUGGCGCAAGGCGACAGAGGAAACAGAGAACACUGAGACUGUUGUCGGGGGCCUCGGCAAGACCAGAAAAACGCAGCAGGGGCAGAUCAGGCUGAACCUGAAAACCUCUGGCACUGAUCGGAAACAGACAUCAGACCAUAACAAGAUCAGCUCCUGAGGAUGGGUAAACAACUAGAGAGGACCUGGAGGGAAUGAACCUUGAGCGUGGAAAACUGAAGAUAUCGGAAAUCGGCCUAGACAAAGGACAUCAGUCAUGCCAGGCCCAGGAGGAGCAGACCUGAAGGGAGAAGAUUUGUCCACUGCCAUCCUGAAGCAGAAACACAGGCCCAACAGACUCGUCGUGGAUGAAGUUACCAAUGAAGACAGCAGCAUUGUCAGCCUCUCACAGGGUAAGAUGGAGGAGCUGCAGCUCUUCAGGGGGGACACAGUGGUGUUGAGGGGGCGGAAACAACGUCAGACGGUGUGUAUCGCCCUGACCGAUGACACCUGUGGAGAUAAACGGAUCCGGAUGAACCGCGUGACACGCAGCAACCUGCGGGUCCGGCUUGGUGAUGUCAUCAGUAUCCAUGCCUGCCCUGACAUCAAGUACGGAAAAAAGAUCCACAUCCUCCCUAUAGAUGACACCAUCGAGGGUCUGACUGGGAGCCUCUAUGAUGUUUUCCUCAAACCGUACUUUCUGGAGGCGUACCGGCCCGUACACAAAGGUGACGUCUUCCUGGUGAGGGGGAGCAUGCGGGCGGUGGAGUUCAAGGUGGUGGAGACGGACCCCAGCCCUCACUGCAUCGUUGCCCCGGACACUGUCAUAUAUUGUGAGGGAGAACCAAUCAAAAGAGAGGACGAGGAGGAAAGCCUGAACGACAUUGGCUACGACGACAUUGGAGGCUGUCGGAAGCAGCUGGCCCAGAUCAAAGAGAUGGUGGAACUUCCUCUCAGGCACCCGGGUCUUUUCAAGGCCAUAGGAGUGAAGCCGCCCAGAGGCAUCCUGCUGUACGGCCCUGCAGGAACAGGGAAGACCCUGGUGGCCCGAGCUGUAGCCAACGAAACUGGCGCCUUCUUCUUCCUGAUCAAUGGUCCUGAGAUCAUGAGUAAGCUGGCGGGAGAGUCUGAGAGCAACCUGAGGAAGGCGUUUGAGGAGGCAGAGAAAAACGCUCCAGCUAUCAUCUUUAUUGAUGAGCUGGAUGCGAUCGCUCCCAAGAGAGAGAAGACCCACGGUGAGGUGGAGAGGCGUAUAGUGUCCCAGCUCCUGACCCUGAUGGAUGGCCUAAAGCAAAGGGCACAUGUGGUUGUCAUGGCAGCAACAAACCGGCCAAACAGCAUAGACCCUGCUCUGAGACGCUUUGGCAGGUUCGACCGGGAAAUUGACAUAGGAAUCCCAGACACAACCGGCAGACUGGAGAUCCUGCAGAUCCACACCAAAAACAUGAAACUGUCUGACGACGUAGACCUGGAGAGGAUCGGCUCAGGGGCCCACGGACACGUAGGCGCCGACCUGGCCGCUCUGUGCUCAGAGGCUGCUCUGCAAGCCAUCCGGAAGAAGAUGACUGUCAUAGACCUGGAGGAUGAAUCCAUUGAUGCGGAGCUGCUCAACUCACUUGCUGUCACCAUGGAUGACUUCCAAUGGGCACUGAGUCAGAGCAACCCAUCCGCCCUGAGGGAGACUGUUGCAGAGGUGCCUCAGGUCAACUGGGAAGACAUAGGAGGACUGGACAAGGUCAAGAGGGAGCUACAAGAGCUCGUUCAGUACCCUGUCGAGUAUCCGGACAAGUUCCUGAAGUUUGGGAUGACGCCGUCUCGAGGCGUGUUGUUCUACGGUCCCCCGGGCUGUGGGAAAACCCUUCUGGCUAAGGCCAUUGCCAACGAGUGCCAGGCAAACUUUAUCUCCAUUAAAGGACCCGAGAUGCUCACCAUGUGGUUCGGAGAAUCCGAGGCCAACGUCAGAGACGUUUUUGAUAAGGCCAGACAAGCAGCCCCCUGCAUCUUGUUUUUCGAUGAAUUAGACUCCAUUGCCAAAUCCAGAGGAGGCGGUGCCGGGGACGCAGGUGGUGCGGCCGACAGGGUCAUCAAUCAAAUACUCACAGAGAUGGACGGAAUGUCCGACAAAAAGAACGUUUUCAUCAUCGGUGCCACCAACAGACCUGACAUCAUAGACUCGGCCAUCCUGCGGCCAGGGCGUUUGGACCAGCUCAUCUACAUCCCUCUCCCAGACAAACCAUCUCGCACCGCAGUCCUAAACGCCAACCUACGCAAAUCUCCUAUUGCACGAGACGUGGAUCUGGAAUACCUGUCUGGCAUCACAGAGGGUUUCUCUGGCGCUGACCUGACAGAGAUCUGCCAGCGGGCCUGUAAGCUGGCCAUCCGAGAGGCCAUCGAAGCCGAGAUCAAGGCCGAGCGUCAGAAGCAGAACAGACCAGGCAUCCCCAUGGAUGAGGACUUCGAUCCAGUCCCUGAGAUCAGAAAGGACCACUUUGAAGAGGCGAUGCGAUUUGCCCGUCGCUCUGUCAGUGACAAUGACAUCCGCAAAUAUGAGAUGUUUGCUCAAACUCUGCAACAGAGCAGAGGUUUAGGGAACUUCAGGUUCCCUUCUGCUACUGGAUCCCAGUCUGGAGAUCAGGGGUCAGGCUCUGGCUCAGGGAGGCCAAACCAACACAGAGAAGGAGGAGACGAGGAUCUCUAUCAGUAAUAAAAACUCAUCAUAGUGCUGUCUGACAUUUUCCUCUUUCACUACUGUGCCGGGGUAUCCUGAAGGGAGGGAAACAUGAAUAGAGGUUAACAGAAUGAAUCACUGAAAACACCUUUUCAAACAGCGGUAAUAAGAUGACUGAAACAAGAAAUCAGAGGGAGAAAGUCUGACAUUACAGUGAAUAAGGUUAUAAUGUUAAGUUUCAAUGUAAAAAAACAAUACACUGGUAAGACUUGGGCAACAAGAAAAAACAAGAAUUUCGGUCAAUCAUAAUAACAUCAAAGCCUUCGGUUACCGCAAACUGUAAUUUGUUUUCACAAUGAAAAUGAAAUAUGUAAGUUGUGUGUAUGUGUGAGUUUAAACUGUGAUGAAUAAAUUUAUUUAUCUACCUUUA